AUGAAGUUCAAGCCAGAAACCACGUACAACGCGGAGGAAAAGAUUUGGUAUGGACAUCCAAAGCGUUCAUACUUUGGAGAGGAUCUAUCAAUCGGAGAAAUUAUUUUUCGGGAAAUGAAACGACAUCCGAAACUUAUAGCUCAAAUUUCAGACGCUGAGAAUACUUUGCUAACCCGUGAAGAGCUCCGUUUUAAUUCAAUGCGUGUGGCCAGUUUUAUGCGAAGACUAAGAAUGGUUCAGACCGAUAUUGUGGGCAUUAUAGCGAGAAACACAACUCACAUAUUUGCUGUGGCCUAUGCAUGUUUUUUCAAUGGCAUUGCCUUUCACUCGCUCAAUAUAACCUAUGAGGAGUCGACGAUUGGCAAACUCUUUGAUAUUACGAAGCCUCGUUUGAUAUUCUGUGAUGGUGAUGAGUACGAAAAAGUCAAGGCAGCUACAAAUCACCUCAAUGUAUUGAUUGUUACAAUGCGUAAUCAUCAUAAGGACUCAAUUAGCAUAGAUAAAGUGCUAGCUACUCCUAUAGAAGAGGACUUCAAACCUGUAAUACUAGAGCAAGGCAUUGAUCAGACUCUUGCCAUACUCUGCUCCUCGGGAACAACAGGAAUACCCAAAGCGGUAACCAUUACCAAUAGCCGCAAGAUUUUAUACUUCAGAGAUCAUAUGACCACCAAUGAUGUUAUGUAUACGCACAGCACCUUGGACUGGUUGUCGGGACUUGCAAUUACAGUCAAUUCGGGUGUUUAUAGUAGCAGUCGAAUUAUUGACGACAAUCUCUUCGAUCCAGCACGAAUUUUACGUCUUAUUGAGAAGUAUAAAAUCACUUGGCUAAGCCAAACACCCGCUCAAAUGGCCAUGAUAUCGCAUUGCAAGGAAUUUGAUCGAGCCAAUUUACAGAGUAUAUGUAGCCUUAUAUACGGAGGUGGUCAGUGUUCUCGUGAAGCUCAAGUUCUGAUUCGAAAUCGUCUGGGUGGCGAUUAUUUACAUUCAACGUACGGAUGUACGGAAAACGGUUCUGUUUCUCUAAAUCGAAAUUUCGAUGAGAAACCCAAUUCAGUUGGACGAUUGAUUGACGGCUUCAAACUGAAGAUACUCAACGAACGGGGCGAAGCAUUGGGACCGAACGAAGUAGGUGAGAUUUGUGUAGACAAUGGUGAACACUGGCCUGGAUAUUAUGGAAAUCUCGAGGAGACAGAGAAACUUCGGGAUAUUAAGCAAUGGUUCCAUAGUGGAGACUUGGGCUAUAUGGAUGACGAUGGUUUUCUCUAUAUAGUUGGUCGUAAAAAGGAUAUGCUCAAGUACCAAAAUAUCAUGUAUUACCCGAACGAAAUAGAGAAUAUUAUUUCGCAGAUGCCUGACGUAAUAGAUGUCUGUGUCUUUGGUAUCUGGACACCACACAACGGUGACGAAGCAGCCGCCGCAGUGGUAAGGAAAGCAGACUCUCAAAUAACCGCUGAGGAUGUGGUGGACUAUGUGCAACAUCAAACAACUGUCAAGUAUAAACAGUUGAAUGGUGUAGACGAUCUGAUGCGCAGCCCCAACGGGAAAACAAAUCGUGCAGCCACAAAGGCCUACUUCAUCAACAUGAUGCAAAGAGAAACUGAGUAGUUAGGCUGUCACAUCUGCAUUUUUUCGGAUUUCGUUAACAUACAUAAUAUUAAA